AUGGCUGAUGGCUACAGCACAGUCACAUUUCCCUGCCUCAAGAAGCUUUCCGUCAACGAUGUCGUUACUAUUUGGAGCAGUGUGUCUGAGCAUGUUCGACAACAUCUUCUGCAGAGAAAGCCUCAGGCUGUCAGCAUAACAGGACUGGGGACAUUUCAUGUUAAAAAAUGGUACUCUUUUGAAAACGGAGAGGUGCUCACAUUUCAUAAACCAGUGUUUUCGCUGUGCAGGACUGUUGCACAGAUCCGUGAGCUGCAACAUGUUUCUGUACCUGUUCCUGGCGAGAUGAAGAAAGUGUCAGUGAGUUACAAGAAUAUUUACUCGGAUGUCCCAUAUUCUGAGGAAGUUGUGCAGAAAUGUAUGCAGGAGACCCUGAACUUUUUCUACUUCAUGCUAACAAACAGAGAAGACACAGACUUCAUUUUAAAAGAUGUUGGCACUCUUGCUAUCCGGGGAACAGAGGUGACAAUGGCAUUUUGCGAAGACUUUUUACUAAGCCUCAACAAGUCUACAUACAUGGUAGAGAAGUUGCUGACUAAGAAAUGGGUCAUAUCAGACAAAGAAGCUUCCCUCUUUCCAAGUCAUUUUGGUCGUGUCCACCAGUUUCCACAGUUUGAGAUUAGGGCAGUACCUCGAAUUGGUUCUCUCACAGACAAAGAGAUACUUGCAGAAUUCGAGAGUGCUUUAAGCAGCAUGGAUAUAAGAGCCGGGCGGGAAAUGGUUUAUUUCGACCCAGAUGAUGCACGGCUACCCACAGACCCAGACGAAGUCCAAUGCACCCGGCCCAUGUGGCGGAAAUUGGUACGGAGCGCGCCAUCAUCACAUGCCAAUGUAUUAGCAGUAAUUGACUGGCGAGACGAAGACGGACCAACUGUGGAUGAGCUGGUGCGUCGACUCCGGAACUAUGAUGAAAGUCUCUCUCCCUCCAUCAUCGCAGCCGUGAAGGAACUAAAGGAACUAUCCCGCCAACUCAAAGAGGAUAUGUCUUACUCUCCGCCUGCAUGGACUAAAGUCUCAGCUACCAGGAGCAGACGGUUCCCUACUCAAGAGAGACAGUAUACACCACGGAGAGACCUAUGGUAUUACCUGCGUGACCAUGGAGAGGACAUGAGGAAAUGGGAUAAGAAACCUACCUACCUUCUAAGAGAGCGAGUUCAAGAGUUAGAAGGAAGAAUGGCUAAAAAUCAAGGUUCUUUCAGGAGAAACGCUGCUCCAGUCUCCAGUAAUCAGUUGCCCAGACCGAGCAGGAGGGUUGACUUGGCUGCCGAUCCUAUGAGGAGGACUCCUGGUUCGUAUUUACAAGAACUGCAGUAUGAACUCGAGUCAAAGGCAGCCAAGUGGUACGCCACAAUUGAUAUUGCCAAUGCCUUCUUCCCACUGGAAGCCCAAGGUCUUAUGUUGCAGCAGCUGAAAGUGGAAGAAGAAAUUCCAGUGGAGGUAGAAAAUGCUGUCACACCAUUAGUCUGGGCUACCGAUUUCCAAAAACUGUCGUGGUUUAGACUGUUGCCACAACGUGCAGGCACAGAAGGAAGGCAGCACAAAGAACCUCCUUUUGAGAGCCCUGAAUUGCCAUUGCCUACUUCUGAAGAACACAGGCAGACAGGACAGAAAAGACAGUCUGUGUUUGGGCUGAACGAUAGAAGAAAACUGGAGGCAUCCUUGGCCAAAAGAAAGGAGAAAGAAGAGAACAGAAAAGCAGGAACGGUCACCUUGCCAGAACUGCCUCAACAGCAAGCUGGGAGAGAAGGCAACAAGAUGUGGAGGGCCCAGCUGCCCCAGGAAGAAGAAGAUAGCCCCAGCUCCUCAGAGAUCACCUCUGAUACAGAAGAGGGUCUACAAACAGAGGAGGCUUGGAUUCAGGCAAGGAGGCAGUUCAGAAGUGAGCUGGACAGCUUAGGGGUCAUUGAGAAAUGGCUGGCUCAAAAACCUUCCCUCAGCAAUCAAGAAGAAAGAUGCUGGCAAAGAAUAAAGGCACGCAGAGCAGACAGGAGGGCUGCUGUCAGAUCAGCUGUGACCAACAGCCUGGAAUGCUCACUACCAGAGAGCAGCCAACCGCGGAAGAAGGAUAGAAUUCCCCUUGUUUGUGCACCAUACCCCCAGUCUCUUGUCACACUGUUUAACCUCCUGCACAAAAAGAAGCUGAGGAUAAUGGACAGAAUCAAGAAGGCUGGUAUGGAUGAGAGGAAGAUCAAGAGAGCAGACUUCAUUAAAGUCAUCAAGGAGAGCAAAGUCCCCAUCAGUGACAAGGAUCUGGAGGAUGUGGUCAUCUUCUUGACUUCCUCAAAACCAGGGAAUUUUACAAGCUCUGAAGAUCUGAUUGCCUGUGAAAAGCAGUGGCUGGAAAUGAGGAAAGGACAAUCCCAACAGACCAAAACCAAAACAGGUGUAGAAGCUCAGUUCCAGCAAGCCACGUGCAAAACUGCCACCUGUCCACCUUCUGCUGGGGUCACAGCCAAAGCGAUGAAACCUCAUGCUCCUACCAAGCCUGAAAGAAAGUUAAUAUACUUGGAAGUUCCACCAGUCAACACCGAACCAGAACAACGACAUCUCAGCUGUGAUGAAAUGGAAGAGAUUGGAAAACUCUUAAGAGAGAGGAGACGGUGGGAGAAGAACAAAGACAGCCCAAUAGAACGGAAAGAAAAGUGCCGGAUGGUGAGAUCUAGGGAUGGUCCCGUUGAUGAACACUGCCUGCCGUCAACUGUGGGGGCUGGCUUGGGAGAACUGGUUGACCAAUAUCGUAGGAAUGCUGUCAUGAGCUAUCUGAAGAGCUCCAAGCUGUGUAGAGAAUACAAUAUUCCCAUCACCGAGCCAACGCUGCAGAGAGCCCUGCUGCAUCCAGGAGACAAGAUCAUCAAGGAAGGAGAAGACAUAAGGAAGAUCAGGCAGCCUGGAGGAUACUACAGCACUGGGCAUGCUGAUGCUCCAUCACCUGGGAGCAGGUCCAGAUCAGAAACUGCAUCCAGAAGCCAGGCCGAGAAGGCAGAAAAUAGGCAUCUUCAGAGGAAUAAGAUUCAAAAGUCAAGAGACAAUCACUUCUGGCCAGGUCAUCUUCUGGACAAGUUAUGCCUUUACUUUCCUGAAAAGCAGCAUGACAGGGCACACGCCUUGUUCAGCUAUGUUCAUCCAACCAAGCCCACCUACCAUGCCAUCUAAAGCCCUGACUGCAGCUAGCUCCUCAGGGAGCCAGGACACUCAGUGUUGGGAAAAUUUUGCAAUGCAGUGCUGCUGCACAAGCUGUUCUAUCAGCUCUGUCCCCUGUAUAGCCCCAGCCCAGGGCUGCAAGCACAGUUAACUGAAUAGAGCAUCAAUAAAAUGUUGUAACAAAGGUAAUGAUGGGCCUGACAGUUCAAAGGAUGUUGAUGUAUGAGAAACUGACCCUUAGCUACCGAAGCAAUGGGAGAUCUAUCAUUGUGGCUACUAAGAACUGAGACGUACAGAACUUGAGGUAAUCGUCCUUGAAGACUAAAAGAAAGAAGAAACAAAACAAC